UCUGGCGUGUGAGCUUAAUUUGCAUGUCAUCGGAUCCAUCCAUCUCCGGGCUCAAACGUACUACUGCUACAAAAGCGUAUAGAGCUAGGCAUGCAUUCAUGGCUCUUGCAAAUUUAGCUUUUAGCAUCAUCGAUCUAUAGCAAGCAAGCUAGGUAGUACUAACAACGACGAUAUGAGGAGCUUGGUUAAUCACCCCCUGUUCCACCCUGACCUGGAAACACGAUACGGUUGCAAGGACAUCGAUGUGCUGGUCCGCAACCUGACGGCAUCGUACACGGACACGACCAACGAGGCGUCCAUGGUGUCGGCCUCCGUGAUCAUGUUCGUCCUCGCCGGCCUCUUCUUCAACCUCAACCUCUUCAGCCGCUUCUCCGACGUGAGCGCCAUCCUCGACCCCAAGGUCCGCUUCUUCCUCACCUCGGGGCUCUCCCUCUUCCUCCCCGUCAUGUCCUACCUCUUCUCCGAGGCCAAGAACGCCGCCACCAUCACCGCCGGCUCCGCCUCCACCGCGGUGGCCAAGCCCGACCUCUCGCUCCGGGCCGGCGUCAUCCUCGUCUGGAUGCUGCUCGUGGAGCUCAUCCGGAAGAAGGUUGACGAGGUCCGCAUGCGCGGGUACUCCGGCACCGUCCAGCGCGCCGGCCGUGUCGUGUGGCUCGGGAGCCUCGUCUUCUUCAACAUCCAUGGCGUCGGCCGGAAGGCCGUGUUCGGCAUCCUCUGGGUCCUCUGCGCCACCAAGGUGCUGCAAAGGGUUGCCUUCACCGAGGUCGGCAAGCGCUCCUUCGCCUACGGCAAGAACGCCCGCCUCGUCUCCUCCUACAUGUCUAAAAUGUUGUUGCCCGCCAAAGUCAGCGAUGCCGGUGGCCAGCAGCAGCAAGAGGUGUUGCAUGGCGACGACAUCGAGCAAGUCGUGGUUAUUGAACAAGGAGGACCAAGCCCUGCCACCGCCGGUGACGCGUUGCUGACCAGGUCCAAGGUCCUCGUGAUGGGAGAAGAAGACUUGGUCCUCGAGCCCACGGCCGACGGCUACAAGCUGAAGGAUAUCACCGACGGUGACACCGUCGUCACUGUCGGCAAAGUCUGGGGCCAUGUCGACGCCCACUUGGGCCAAUACCAACGGCUCAGGAGGUUGUGCCUCUCCUUCGCGCUCUUCAAGCUUCUGCGGCGGCGGUUCGAGCACCUGCCGCCGGUGACCAAGGAGGAGACCCGCGAGUGCCGUGACAUCAUCUUCAACGGCGUGUACAACGACAAGGAGGAGAACGCAGAGGUGGUGUUCGAGAUGAUGAAGAACGAGGUGAACUUCCUGUGCGAGUACUACCACUCCGUGAUCCCCGUGGUCCUCGCGAGCCCCUUCUUCUUCCUCGCCAACUACUUCCUGCUCCCCGUCGUGGUGCUCGGCCUAUGCGCAAUGACCGUCGUCCUCUGCGGCGACGGCGACGCGAUCUCCGCCUUCACGAGCAUCAAGGAGGAGAACUUCGCCAUCUCCCGAGGCAUCAUCAGCACCACCGCGUGCCUCGCCCUAAGAGCCUUCAAGUCGCCGCCGGCCUUCUUCACGGCGGUCGACUUCUUCAUAACUUUCCUCCUCUUCGUCAUCCUGUGCUACGAGGAGGUCUGGGAGUUCAUCGUCUUCCUCUUCUCCAACUGGUUCAUGGUGUCGCUCAUGUGCGACUACGUGGCGAAGCCCGGGUGGCAGGCGAGCCCGACGUUCACGGCCAUCGUGCGGCGCAUCCUCUGCGUGCGGGGCAAGAUGAGCCACCCCGUGCUUUGCUUCAAGCAGUUCUCCUUGCUGGGCCUCCGCUGGCCGGUCUCGUUCAGCAUGCCUGCAGGCGUGUUCUCCCUGAUGCUCCCAACGGUGCCCGUGCCCAACAAAGGCAAGCACUUCAUCAUCGAAUCCCUGAUGGCGCACAGCGGCCACGGCCACGGUCACCACGACGAUGGCACCGUCGUCCCUCUCAGCAAAGGCGAGUCGAAGCUCGUGGGCCGCAGCUGGCGAGAGAGGCUCUUGCCGGCGUGCAAGAGCGAGAGCGUCGCCGAGGUCAUGCUCACGUGGCACGUGGCCACAACCAUCAUGGAGGCCAAGUGCCCGCCGGGCGUCGGCAGCAAGAAGACGACCAAGGGGUUCCACACGGUGGCCACAAGGCUGUCCAGGUACUGCGCCUACCUGGUGGCCUUCCACCCAGAGCUCCUCCCGGACAACCAGGAGAAGACGGAGCGGGUCUUCGAGGCGGCCAAGGAGGAGCUCGAGGGCGUGCUCGGCUGCUGCGGCUACUACCUCUCCUGCUGGGGCGCGAGGGUCAACGGUGUCGUGGCGGCGGCGGUGCCCGGGGCUGAGUGGAAGGACGGCGGCAAGGUGGUGCACAACGGCGCGAAGCUGGGGAACAUGCUGAGGGAAGAAGCCACGAGGUGCAGCAGGAAGCUUGGGAACAUGCUGGGAGGAGAAGCCAUGAGGAAGGGCGGCGACGACGACGACGACGACGGACAGCUGGAGACGACGUGGAAGCUGCUUGCUGACGUGUGGACGGAGCUCCUGGUGUACGUGGCGCCGUCGAGCGACGAGGAGCGGGUGAUGGGGCACGCGAGCGUGCUGGUGCAGGGCGGCGAGUUCAUCACCGUGCUCUGGGCUUUGACCACCCACGUUGGCAUUGCCAGGCCGGAAUAGUACAGUACACAGUUGCUACCCGACGCUGUUUGCAUUGCAUGAGUGUAAUUUCUUUGGCUAUGCAUUGUUUGUUUUUUGUGUUAUUGCUCCUAGCUAGAGUGAAUGUAUUUGUAUUAUUAUUAUUAUUUUCAUUGAGGAAUUGUCCUUUGUCUAAAUAUGGACGUAUCUAUAUAUUAAAAUACGUCUAGAUAUAUGUAAUAUUUCGGCACUUAUAUGGAACGAAGGGGGUAGUAUUUCA